AUGAUGCAAGAAAUGCAACAUGCUUUUGGCGACCUGCUUACGAAUCCACAUGCAAUAAGCCAGAAAUAUCCGCCCCAUGUGGUUGUUCAAAUUGGAUCCAGUGCUGGAUACCCCGGACACCCAGGCAGUAUUGGACCAGGCAAUACUGGCGGACAGCAGCCAUCUGGACCGAGUUCACCGCAGAAGCCCGAGCUGCCACCUAAUCAACAGACGGGGCCACAGCCUGGUCAGCAGACGGGCUCACAGUCAGGACAGCAGGGAACUCAACAGACAGGGUUACAACCGGGACAGCAGUCGGGCCAACAGACGGGGUCACAGACGGGACAGCAGGGAAGUCAACAGACAGGGGCUCAACCGGGUCAGCAGUCGGGCCAACAGACGGGAUCACAGACGGGAUCACAGACGGGAUCACAGACGGGAUCACAGACGGGAUCACAGACGGGACAGCAGGGGUCACAGUCAGGACAGCAGGGAAGUCAACAGACAGGGUCACAGACGGGGCAGCAGUCGGGUCAACAGACGGGGUCACAGUUGGAACAACAGGGAAGUCAACACACAGGGUCACAACCAGGACAACAGUCUGGUCAACAGCACGGGUCGCAGUCAGGGCCGCAGUCUGCCCAAGGACCAACACUACAGAUCUGGCAGCAGAUAUAUCAAGGAUCCGGUCAACAAUUUGUACAACUGCCUUUGCAGCAGCAAUACGUUCCCGGGCAAACCCCGCAGCAGUUCGUGUACCCGAAUCAACAGACCACCCAACAGCCCACGCAGCCGCCCGCUCAAAUUCCCAUGCAGUGGCCCGGACCAAACCCUGCUCAACAUCCCGUGCAAGUUUCACAGCAGUUUGUGCAAUCGAAUCAACAGCUGGUGCACCACCCUGUUUACCAGUUCCUACCACAUCCCAGUCAACAGUUUGGACCACAAUUCCCGCAACAACCCGUUCAGCAUCCCAUGCAGCAAUACAAUCCACAGGUUGGACCUCAUCCUUGGCAGAAGCAGCAGCAGCCCAUGCAACAGAUUUGGCCACAGCAGCAACAGCAAUCCGUUAACUCGUGGCCCAUGCAGCAGCCAUCGUCGGUAGCACCGGCCAAUCAGAGCAAUCCAACUGGAAACGUCGCACAACGUAACCCGAACUCAAACAAAAAGAAGGUUAAAGUAAGUAAGAAAAUAAUUCGCGAAACGUACUACGCUCCUGCUGUACGCUUUUGA